AUGGCGCUACUCAGCCUGCUUGCGCUGCUGCCGCUGGCGCAGGCUGCACAGAACGUCUUCAUCCCCUUCAACGCUAAAGCCCAGGAGCAGCCCGUCAUCUCGGACGCCAACGAUGCAAACCCGGGUGACCACGUAACUGAGGUCGACAUCACGCUGUGUGAGGUGCUGCUGGUGGCUCACGAUUCGGAGCUCGACGUGAAAGCCAGCCAGUACUCUCGCUCUUACUUUCUCGGAGCCGACAUAGCCUGCAGCAACGUCAUCAUGGACGCGAGCACGCUGUCUGUGGGCGGACCUACCAUCAAGGUGAAGCCUGGCGACCAAAUGCGGAUCACGCUUUUCAACAACCUUCCGGCAUCGAACAGGGGGUUCGAGUGGGCCAACACGCAAUCCCUCAACAACACGUACCACGACGUGCACAUCACCGGCCUCCACACCCACGGCCUCCACAUCUCCGGCGAGGCGCCGGGCGACUCGAUCUUCACGUCGGUCUACCCCAAGGGCUCGGACCCGUCCCUCUGUCCCGAGUACGACGAGGGCACCGAUCCCAAGUCUUGCUCUGUCGGCAGCCACACCUUCAACUACAGCAUCCCAGCAGACCACAUGGGCGGCACGUUCUGGUAUCACCCGCACCACCACGGCUCGACUGCGCUGCAGGCCGGCGGCGGUGCUGCAGGCAUGAUCAUCGUCGAGGACAUGCCAGGUGACCUACCCACCGUCGUCGCAGAGAUGGAGGAGCACGUCAUGUCGAUGAUCUCGGUGACCUUCAUCAACAAUCAUGACAUCGCCCGCAGCGGGGAGCUUGUCUGCAAGUGCAAGGUCGGCACCUGCGACGCCUGCACCGAGGCCACGAAGAACAAGUGCAAGAAGACCUGCAAAAACCCCGGUGGCGGUCCCGGGUUUGCGGGCAGUCUGGCGGGCUUUUUCAAUACACUGCCGGGAGUCUCGGAGGGAGACUUCCUCGCGUGUCCCGUUGGCGACCGAAACGCGACUGUGCCGGCGGCCAAGCAGCAUGAGCUCGAGCUCAAGUGCCAGGAGGGAGUCGGCGGGGGCGUCGGCGUGUGGGCGCCAGGGCUUGUCACAGACGGGUUGUCUGAAGGAACCCCGGAGCAACGACACAAGUUCCUCGGCGAGUCGAAUAUGGUGCUUAUGAACGGCGCCUUCAACCCGGAGAAGGAGAUUGUCGCCAACACGUGGCACCGGUUCCGCAUGCUCUACUCCUCCGUCGACAAGGUGGUGAUGCCCACGAUCGAGGGCGGUGGGUGCGAGUACAAGCUCCUCGCCAAGGACGGAAUCACGCUGCAGUCGGCGCCGCGCGACUUCGAGACGGGCUUCAUGGGCCCCGGGAAUCGCGCGGACUGGCUGGUUCGCUGCCAGCCAGGGAAGCACAGGCUGAUCACUCAUGCGUACGUGCCCUUUGGAGGUGACUUGCUGCAGCUGACGGGCGAGACCAAGCUGUACGGCCCCGGGCCGAACGUCCGCGGCAACCACUACACCCGCGAGGCGCAAAACCUCGUGACUCUCGUCGCGACGGUCGACGGCUCGGCGCCAGCGACGCCGUCGUGCGAGGUGCUGCCCACAUUCGAGGUGGCCCGCCCGUGCUACCUGGUUGACCUGCAGCGCGAGCCGAGCACCUCCUUCUCCAUGCAUGACGAUACCAAGAUCGGGGUCACGCUCGGGUUGAAAGUCGGGAACAGCGACAUUUCGGGCCUCCUCCCUCCCAACUACUACGUCGAGUCGAACGAGAGCAGCUACAGCAACACGCUGGACUUCGACGGCAUGCACUCUGUGGACGCGAAACCGCCCGUCGGACAGCCAAUCGAGCUCGACCUGCAUGGACUCUACUUCCACGCCUUCCACCUGCACGUGAACCCGUUCCAGCUACAGGGCGACCCCAUCCUGGCGGACGCCACCGCAGCGAUCCCCAACGGCAACUCGGGCGGGGCGAUCCACGCGAAUUUCGAGGAGAAGAAGACGGGCGCGUUCGCCGACUACUUCCGCGCGGGCGACUGGCACGACACGCUCAUGCUGCCCACGCGCAACUCUCUGACGGUCCGCUCGCAGACGGACAAGUUCACGGGGAGCCAGAUCUUCCACUGUCACAUCCUCGACCACGAGGACCUGGGCAUGAUGGGGCAGUUCCUCAUCCAGGAAGGGCCUGACGCCGAGUGGGCAGGGGCGAGGAGGAUCGACCCCCGCUGCUACAACGCAAGCAGCGUGGAGCGCGGCGGCGCGAGGCCGUUUGCCCGCAUCGUCGACCCAGGCUCGUGCGCGGCGGCCGAGGCGUACCCCGCGACGCCGCCCUUCCCGCCCCUCGCUCCGCCGCUCCCUCCGGCCGCACCGCCGCCGCCGCCGCCGCCUGUGAACCUCGUGACCAUUGUGUUGAACCUCGUGACCGUUGGCAUCGGGCUGUUGGCCUCGUUGAUUCUCCUCUCCCUGUACUACUACUGCGGCUGCUUCUGCGGCGCCAGCGGUGGACUGUGCCAAUCUGGCCACCACCCGUGCGCCGGCGCCAUAGCCUGCUGGGAGGUCAACGAGUUCUGCUGCCAGAAUUACGGCAUCGGCCGACGCGACAUUCCGGAUGCCACGAAGCGCGAUGUGGAGAUCGCAAAGGUGGAGAUCGACGUUGAGGUGGAGAUCACGACGGGCGAGGCGAUCCGGCCGGUUGCGCCGCAAGCGCCCUCGGGCAUGGCGGAGCGGGAAGUGGUUUAGGUGGGGGCCCUGUUAUCUGCUUUGUCUUUUUUUGUCUAAUGGAAGUGUGUGAGUGUGGGUGUGUGCUCUUAUGUGAGUGUGUGCAGGUAUUUUUUGCGAAUCUUGGGUUGUAAUUUAUUUUUCGGUUGUUCCCCUGUUUUGUGAGAUUUUCA